UUUGCUCUCAACGCCACAUGGAAUCAUGGAGAAGUCUCUACAGUGGCGCGAAGAAUAAACUCCAUUCUCCCUCUCUUCCUCUCCGUCUCUUUCGAAAUAUAUAUAAUUAAAUAUAAUUAAUUACCGGGCAGAACGAAUCAGAGCCAAGAAACCGACAAUUCCAGAUUGCGAUGGCGAAUGCAGAGACGGACUUCACUAGUUCCGCCGAGCAAUCUGGUCGGCGGGCAGGGCACAAGAAGGGGCAUCUCAGAAUAUUAUCGAUGGAUGACGUGUCUCGACAGAGAAAAAGAAAAAUGAAAGAAUUCAACCGAAGCCCGGGUGGGAUGAAAAACAAGGGUUUUGUCCAGUUCUAUUUGGAUUUGGGGGGCAUCUAACGGGUUUAAAUUCCCAGGCCAUGAGAUCAUCAGUUGCAGAGCUGCGUCAAGAAGUAUUUCUUUCUCCGCCAUUUGGCAACCGUUUUCGGAUACUACUACUUCGGCUACUUUACUGCUACAGUGCCCUUGCCAUUUCAACCCUUCUAUCUCAGAGGGCCAAGCUAGGUGAGGCAGCUUCAGAGGCAGAGGUUCUUCAUCUUCUCGUGGAGUAUCAGCAAAAGGACUGAACAAAGAAGAUGGAUCUAGAUAAAUCAAUUGAAGAUCAACUGUCCAAGCUACACCCUUGCUUGCCGGUGAACACCAGAGUCGGGAUUAUAGGAGGUGGUCCAAGUGGUUUAUCAGCUGCAUAUGCACUGAAUAAACUCGGUUACAAUAAUGUAACUGUGAUAGAGAAAUAUCAUACUGUUAGUGGCAUGUGUGAAUCAAUUGAUAUUGAAGGAAAGAUUUAUGAUCUUGGAGGUCAAGUUCUUGCAGCAAACAGUGCCCCAUGCAUCUUUAAUUUAGCAAAAGAAACCGGGUCUGAACUGGUUGAAAUGGACGCCCACAAACUCGCAAUUAUCAACCGUUCAGGAAAGUAUGAGGACACUCAAGUUGCAGAUGAUUAUGUAUCUGUAAUUUCACUGACCUUAGAGCUCCAGGAUAAAGCAAAGGAUACAGGUAGAAUUGGAGUCCAUGCAGUGAGUGAGUUUGCUUCAGAUUUAACUCCUGAUUUUCUUGAGGACCAUGGAUUCAAGUCCAUUCCCAAAUCUGUAGCUUAUGGAUAUACUGCUUCUGGUUAUGGUUUUGUUCAAGACAUGCCUUAUGCUUACAUUCAUGAGUUUACUCGAACUUCCAUGGCUGGAAAGAUUAGGCGUUUUAGAUAUGGAUACAUGAGUCUUUGGCAGAAAAUUAGUGAAGCUCUGACAGCAAAAGUGCACUUGAACACUGAAGUUUUGGCAGUUAGACGCAAUUCUUAUGGUGUCAGCUUGGAUGUUAUAAACAGUAGUGGAGAAGUCAAAGAAAUGGAAUUUGAUAAAAUCAUUAUUUCAGGGUCUUUUCCUUUUAGGAAUGGAAAGACUUACAGAUCACCACAAUCUGAUUUAGCAGAAAAUAAAAAUGAAGUAAUGGAUUUGGAUGAGCUUGAAAAGGAUUUGUUUAGUAGAGUACAGACUAUUGAUUACUACACCACUGUGUUAAAGAUUGAAGGGCUGGAACACAUGCCAGUUGGAUUCUUUUACUUUAAGGAGUUCAUGGAAGAUCCUGCCACUAUAGGAAAUCCAGUUGCAAUGCAAAGAUUCUACGAAGAUACGGACAUUUUCCUGUUCUGGUCAUAUGGCAAUUCUUCAGAUAUUAUGGGAACAAGAGUCGCAGAGCUUGCGAUGGAUGCAGUAAAAAAUAUGGGGGGAACUGUUAAGAAAGUAAUUUUACAACGGCGAUUUAAGUAUUUCCCUCACGUGAGCAGCCAAGAUAUGAAAGGAGGGUUCUAUGAUAAAUUGGAGGCUCAACUUCAAGGUCAUUGGAACACUUAUUACAUAGGUGGACUUAUGGCAUUUGAGCUCACUGAAAGAAAUUCAUCCUAUUCCAUGGCUCUUGUCUGCAAGCACUUUGCAAGUAAUGCUUCAUUGCCAAAGUUCCCAUACGUAAAGAGACAGUUCCCACUGAAAUCAGAUUGCUGGGAUACGAAUCCCAAAACAUUAGAGGAAUCCCCAGGAGUGGAAUUUCCUGAUUUGGGUUCACUUGAUGGCUAUUUGAGAUACUGGGGAACUAAUGAAGUUACUCGAAAUAAAAUCCUCUAUACUUGGCUUAAUGAAGAAGGGGAAGCAUCAUGCCAAAGGACUUACAGAGAUCUUCAUGCCAAUGCUUCUUCCAUAGCUCGAAAUCUCCUGGCAAGCCGAAAACCUGUAAUCAAACCAGGUGACAGGGUUCUCCUUGUCCAUAUACCUGGUCUUGACUUUGUUGAUGCUUUCUUUGGGUGUUUGAGAGUUGGAGUAUUACCAGUCCCAGUUCUUCCUCCAGAUCCACUUCAAAGAGGUGGACAAGCACUUCUGAAGAUUGAAAACAUUGCUAAAUCGUGCAAUGCAGUGGCAAUCCUAUCAACUGUUGGUUAUCAUGGAGCUGUUCGGGCAGGUGCUGUGAAAAAUUUGAUCUCAUUGGCUGGUAAAAAUGGAAAAUCAUCAGCUCGCUGGCCUGAUCUUCCAUGGUUACACACAGAUUCUUGGAUAAAGAACUCCAGAAACAUGUUUCCCGAAGACAUAAUUGACUUUGCUAAACCUCAACCAACUGAUGUUUGUUUUCUGCAAUUCACAUCAGGCUCUACUGGUGAUGCUAAAGGAGUGAUGAUAACUCAUGGUGGAAUCGUUCAUAAUGUGAAGUUAAUGCGGAAAAGAUACAAGAGCACAUCAAAUACAGUUUUAGUGAGCUGGCUCCCUCAAUACCAUGACAUGGGGCUUAUAGGGGGACUGUUUACUGCUAUGGUUAGUGGGGGAUCUGCCAUAUUAUUUUCACCAAUGAACUUCAUCAAGAAACCUCUCCUAUGGCUUCAGACCAUGAGCAAAUACAAGGCUACUCACAGUGCUGGACCCAACUUUGCUUUCGAACUUGUGGUUCGAAGACUGGAGACUGAGAAGGAUAGGGCAAGGAACUAUGAUCUUUCUUCCAUGAUUUUUCUCAUGGUUGCAGCUGAACCUGUGAGACAGAAAACUCUUAAAAGAUUUGUUGAGCUGACAAGCCCUUUUGGUCUUUCCCAGGAGGUGAUGGCUCCGGGUUAUGGAUUGGCAGAAAAUUGUGUGUUUGUUUGUUGUGCAUAUGGGGAAGGAAAGCCUAUCUUAGUUGACUGGCAAGGAAGGGUCUGCUGUGGGUAUGUGAAAUCAAAUGAUAUGGAUGUUGACAUCAGAAUUGUUGAUCCAGAAACUGGGGAGGAGCACAUGGAAUCGGGAAAAGAAGGAGAGAUAUGGAUUAGCAGUCCAAGUGCAGGAAUUGGAUAUUGGGGUAAGGAGGAAAUGAGUGAGAGAACUUUCAGAAAUAAGCUUCAGACUUUCCCUGGUAAGACGUACACAAGAACUGGGGAUUUGGGGCGGGUAAUUGAUGGUAAUUUGUUCAUUACUGGUAGAAUCAAGGAUCUCAUCAUUGUUGCGGGUCGAAACAUAUACUCAGCGGAUGUAGAAAAGACAGUUGAGAGCUCAUCUGAACUUAUCCGCCCAGGUUGUUGCGCUGUAAUUGGGGUUCCAGAGGAAAUCUUAUCAACUAAAGGCAUAACAGUUCCAGACAAUUCUGAUCAGGUGGGCUUGGUUGUCAUUGCAGAGGUCAGAGAUGGCAAACCUGCUGAUAAAGAUGUUGUAGAACAAAUAAAAACCCGUGUGGCAGAAGAACAUGGGGUUACUGUUGCUUCUGUUAAGCUGAUCAAGCCCAGAACCCUAAGUAAAACAACAUCAGGCAAAAUCAAGAGAUUUGAAUGCCUAAAACAGUUCUCUGAUGGAACACUCAAUUUAGUUCCGGAGCCAAUUCUUUCAAAAAGAUCACUGGUUCGUUCUUUCACUACAGGCACAUGUAGAGAGGGAAAAACACCUAGACCUCACCUUGUUAAAGGUCCGACCUCACCAACUACUAGAUUGAAUAAAAAACAGAUCGCUGAGUUUUUGAAGGGGCUUGUUUCAGAGCUAACAGGCAUUUCUGUCAGCAAAAUCUCUACAAGUGAGAACCUGGUAGCUUAUGGGAUUGAUUCUAUUGGUGUUGUCAGAGCAGCUCAAAAGCUUUCAGAUUUUCUUGGGGUGCCAGUAGGGGCAGUUGAUAUUUUCACUGCAACCUGCAUUGAAGAACUGGCAAGCUUCUCAGAGGAUCUUCUUAAGAAGUCUCAACCUCAGGAUACGACCGCAUCUUAUCUUCCAGAGCCAGAGAAUUGUGAUUCUGAGUUGGUAACUGAAGUUUCCCUAUCUUCUAAACUGGGAAUUGGCUUAGUACAAGUUCUAGUUCUUACAUAUCUUUCCAUCAUGCUGAUCCUUCCUGCUUAUCUAUCAGUUUUUGCUUUUACAUAUGUGGUAUCUUGGAGCAAUACCACAAUGAGCAUGGUCCCAUGGUUGCAGCAUGUAAUUACUCUAGCAUUUGCCCCUCUUGCUUGGAUCCUUUGCAUGCUCUUGACCUGUGUUAGUAUUGCUUUCUUCGGGAACUCAUUCCUUCAACCUAACUAUGCCCUGACACCUGAAAUUUCUAUUUUGUCAAUCGAUUUCAUGAAAUGGUGGGCACUUCACAAGGCCUGCGAAACUUCAUCAAGGGUUAUGGCAGUGCAUCUGAGAGGAACAGUGUUCCUGAAAUAUUGGUUUCAGAUGCUAGGAGCUAGGAUUGGAUCCUCUGUUUUGCUUGAUACAGUUGAUAUUACAGAUCCAUCACUGGUUUCUAUAGCAGAUGGCGCUGUGAUUGCAGAAGGAGCAUUGAUUCAAAGCCAUGAGGUGCAAAAUGGAAUCUUGAGUUUACUCCCUAUAAGAAUUGGAAGGAAUUCUUCAGUUGGUCCUUAUGCACUAAUCCAGAAAGGAAGUAUUGUGGGAGAUGAAGCUGAAGUCCCACCUUUGCAGAAGACUGAAGGAGGGAAACCCGUUUCUAGAUCUACCAAGGUUAAAAAUGCCCAAAAAGGAAUAAUGAUGCAAAAAGCCACUGGUGAUAUUCAAAGUGAAGCUAUUUACCACUUUCUUGGCAUCUAUAUGGUUGCUUUUCUCAGCUCUCUUUCAGCAGCCAUCCUUUACUUCUUCUACAUUUGGUUAUUUCAACAGCCUCCUUCACCACAAUACUCUGCAUUUUUCAGUAUCUCUGGUGCCUUCCAUUGGUUUCCUUUCACCAUAGUUGCUUAUUCCACUAUGAUAGGCAGUGCCCCUGCAACCCCAGUGAACUUUGCCGUCUCAGUUGCCAGUGCUUACCUAGCUCAUGGUGUGAUACUUUGUGUCCUUUCUGCCGUGGUGACUCGUUUUCUUGCCAGAAACCAGGAGACAGAGCAAAGCCACCUAACAACUUGGCUUCGCCACAGGAUAAUCAUAGCCUGCCAUCUUAAAUUUGCCAAGCUCCUUUCUGGAACAGAAACUUUCUGCAUGUACUUGCGUCUUUUGGGUGCAAAAGUUGGAAAAGAUUGCUCCAUCAGAUCAAUCAAUCCUGUUUCACAACCGGAGCUAAUUUCAAUUGGAGAUGGUGCCCAUUUGGGUGACUUCAGCCAGAUCAUUCCUGGAUACUACUCUACCGAUGGAUUUAGAUCAGGAAAAAUAGAGUUUCACAAUAAUUCAGUAGUUGGGAGUCAAAGCCUUAUCCUUCCUGGAUCAAUUGUUCAAGAAGAUGUUAUCCUUGGUGCACUUUCAGUUGCUCCAACAAAUUCAAUUCUAAAAAAGGGUGGUGUUUACAUUGGUUCCCAAACUCCUGUAAUGAUAAAAAACACAAGGCAUGCUUUGGAUGAGCGCAUUGAAGAGAUGGACGUGAAAUACAAGAAGAUAGUUGGAAAUCUAGCUGCAAAUCUAGCUGCGACAACUCUUAAAGUUAGAUCGAGAUACUUCCAUCGAAUUGGGGUCAGUGGUAAGGGACUCCUAAAGAUAUAUGAUAACAUCAAAGGUUUGCCAGAUCACAAGAUAUUCCACCCUGGAAAGAGUUACCCUGUCAUAGUCAGGCACAGCAAUAGCUUGAGUGCAGAUGAUGAUGCAAGGAUAGAUGCCCGUGGUGCAGCAGUACGAAUUCUAUCAGAUAAGGCCGAUGCUGAUUUGCCACUGCUUGACCUGACACUAAAGACAGGCAGGGCUUUCUAUGCCCGGAAUAUAUCAGAUUUUGCAACAUGGCUUGUGUGUGGCCUGCCUGCAAGGGAGGAGCACGUGAAGCAUUCACCACACAUUCGUGAGGCAGUGUGGACUUCCUUGCGCAAUGCAAGCUCAUACACCGAACUGCAUUACUAUUCUAAUAUAUGCAGACUCUUCCGAUUCACAGAUGGGCAGGAAAUGUAUGUGAAAUUCAAGUUGAGGCCUUUUGAUGAAAAGAUAAGCGAGGAUUCUGGUAAAGUGGAGCCCACUGGGGUUCUCCCCCCUGAAACAGGUGCAAUCCCAAGAGCUGAAAAUGACACCCGCCCUCUACUUUUCCUUGCUGAUGAUUUUAUGCGCCGUGUGAACUCCCCUGGUGGGGUUUGCUAUAUCUUUCAGCUGCAGCUCCGGCCAGUGCCACACGAUGAGACCGCCAGGGAUAUUGCACUUGACUGCACAAAACCAUGGGAUGAAACUGAAUUCCCAUAUGUUGAUGUUGGGGAGAUAGUCAUUGAUCAAAGCUUCAGCAGGGAACAAUCGGAGGAGCUGGAAUUUAACCCCUUCCUCCGAUGCCCUGAGGUGGAUGUCAUCCGAGCCACAUCAGCCUCCCAGAGUGCUUCGAUUGAUCAUGGUCGUUCAUUGAUCUAUGAGAUCUGCCAGCAUUUGAGAAAUGGGGCACCAUUGCCCGAGUCCUGGAGGAUCUUCCUGGAGCAAUCUGAUGUCAAAGUAGAUCUUUCAGGCUGUCCCAUGGCUGCUGCACUGGAGAAAAAGGGCAUUGGCAAAGUGACACUGGAAAGGAAUUGGUAUCAAGCCUCAUGGGCCAUUUUUGCCCAGCCUAUUCUACAAAUUAUUCUCCCAUAUUGCCUCAUUGGGCUAGUAACCUUUGCUCCUCUAAGAUGGGCUCUUCACGCAAAGAACAACACGAACUAUCCACUGUACUGGUUACUCGCUUUGUUUUGGAUCGCUUCUGGGAUUUUGGCUGCGCUUGCUUGUGCUGCAGCCAAAUGGGCACUGGUGGGAAAGAAGAAAGAAGGCAAGACAGUGUUGAUAUGGAGCAAAGAGGUCUUCAUGGACACCAUCUGGCAAGCAAUUAGAACACUGGUUGGAGACUACUUUAUGGAAAUGGUCGGGGGAUCAGUUCUGUUUACGACAUGGAUGAAGCUUAUGGGCUCGAAAGUCAACUUGGGAGCUUAUGUAGAUAGCAUGGGAGCAGCUCUGAAUCCAGAAAUGGUGGAGAUUGAGAGAGGAGGCUGUGUCGGCAGAGAAGCUCUGUUGUUUGGACAUAUAUAUGAAGGUGAAGGUGGAAAGGUGAAGUUUGGGAAGGUAAGUGUUGGGGAAGGCGGAUUUGUGGGGAGUAGAGCAGUUGCCAUGCCUGGAGUUAGAGUGGAGGCUGGAGGCAGGCUUAGCGCUCUCUCCCUUGCCAUGAAGGAAGAAGUUAUCAAGCCAAGAUGAAGGUAAUUUUGAUCACACUGUAAUGCCAUGCUGUAUUGUGUUGAUGGUCUAGUAAAUAAAUUACCAGCUUGUCAAUCUUUCUUGACAUCUACAAAAUCUUAGAAAUUCAGAGGCUCACAGUUUUGGGGGGGCAAACAUUAAACAGCUCCUAAAAGAAAAAUGGGUAAAAAAAAAAAUUACAGGUAGGCGUCCUAUGAUUUGGGUUACUUCCUAGGCACUAAUAAGGUUUCGACUGGGCAUCUAGGGCCCGUAGCUGGGCUUGGCAAUGGGUCCACACAAUGCAGCAAGUCAUGUGACUUGCAAACUUGCCGGGAUAAAAUAACAGGGGAGAUGGCAUUGGCAUGCGGACUCACUGAAUUUCGUUCCUUCUAUUUCUUAACAUUGUUGUUAUGAUUAAUAUCUCUUCUGAAUCCGAGUCUCGUUUAUUUUUCCAUUCCCGCUCUCUCUGAUUCUUAAAUUUGAUUAAAAUCUUCCUUAGUUUUACCCAUUUUUAAAUAUUGGAGAGUAUGUAUGUUCAAUAAAACCACUCCAACUUUUGCUUUGUAAUGGAAUUGGAUCCU